CGAGCGCACGCAGGAGCCGCGGCUCGGCCCGCGGCGGCCGCCGGACCCGCAGCGAGGCCGCCGCCCGCCGCCCGCCCCGCUGGGCCUCGGGACCGAGCGCCGGGGCCUGGCCGCCGGCCCGGCGUGCGCCGAGUUCAGACGCCACCGGCACGGCCAGGCCAGCAUGGUGGACCACUUGCUGCCAGUGGACGAGACCUUCUCGUCGCCGAAAUGCCCAGUGCGGUACCUAGGCGACAGGCUGGCCGGCGGGCGGGCGUACCACAUGCUGCCCUCGCCACUCUCGGAGGACGACAGCGAUGCCUCCAGCCUCUGCUCCUGCGCCAGCCCCGACUCUCAGGCCCUCUGCUCCUGCUACGGCAACGGCCCGGGCUCCGAGGGCCAGGACAGCAUCUUGGACUUCCUGCUGUCCCAGGCCACGCUGGGCAGCGGCAGCGGCAGCAGCCUGGGGGCCAGCAGCGGCCCCGUGGCCUGGGGGCCCUGGCGGAGAGCACCUGCGCCGGUGAAGGGGGAGCACUUUUGCUUCCCCGAGUUUCCCGUGGGGGACCCUGAUGACGUCCCGAGGCCCUUCCAGCCCACCCUGGAGGAGAUCGAAGAGUUUCUGGAGGAGAACAUGGAGCCGGGGGCCAAGAAGGUUCCAGAGAGUCACCUGAAGGACCUGGAGACUUGUGGGCAGCUGGCAGCCGGGCCUCACCGGAGCCUCCUGCACCCGGGGGGCUCCGGGGGCAGAGAGCGCGGGGCUCCGCCUUCCGGGGCCAACAGCGCAGGGGGCAGCCAGAGCCCCGGGGGCGGGGUGGCCCCCGAGGGCCCCAUCCCGGUGCUGCUGCAGAUCCAGCCCGUGCAGGUGAAGCAGGAGGCUGGCCCUGAGCCCGUGUCCCCUGGGCAGGCCCCGGAGAGCAUCAAGGUGGCGCAGCUCCUGGUCAACAUCCAGGGCCAGACCUUCGCGCUGGUGCCCCAGGUGGUGCCCUCCUCCAACCUGAACAUGCCCUCCAAGUUUGUGCGCAUCGCCCCCGUGCCCAUCGCCGCCAAGCCCCUGGGGGCGGGACCCUUGGGGCCCGGCCCCGCCGGCCUCCUCAUGGGACAGAAGUUCCCCAAGAACCCGGCGGCCGAACUCAUCAAAAUGCACAAAUGUACUUUCCCCGGCUGUAGCAAGAUGUACACUAAGAGCAGCCACCUCAAGGCCCACCUGCGCCGGCACACGGGCGAGAAGCCGUUCGCCUGCACCUGGCCGGGCUGCGGCUGGAGGUUCUCGCGCUCCGACGAGCUGUCCCGGCACCGGCGCUCGCACUCGGGCGUGAAGCCCUACCAGUGCCUCGUGUGCGAGAAGAAGUUCGCGCGGAGCGACCACCUCUCCAAGCACAUCAAGGUGCACCGCUUCCCGCGCAGCAGCCGGGCCGUGCGCGCCGUCAACUGAGCGCCCCCGCGCGCGCGCGCGCGCCCGCGCCAGCCCCGCUGCCCGCCGGCCCCCCCCCUACUCCACCCCCGUAUUUUGUAGCAAUAAUUUAUUUGCCUUCUUCAGAGGGUCCUGACGAUGGUACCAGCCACCUUCUGAAGCCCGAGGUGCAGGAAGAGGAGGGGUGGGGGGCGGGGGGGCUGGCCCGGCAGGUGUGAACCCCGAGUUCCGCCCCUCCGGAGACUUAGCGCCUGCUCCCACGUCCCUGGGGGCCGGGUCCCCAGGGUCCCCCCCCAACCCCCCUGGGCUGGAGGCUAGCCUUGGUGCCUUCCUGCCUUCGUGCCUUCCAGGCCUCUGCCGCCGCUGCCCCCGCGCCGUGGGGGGCCUGGCCCUUCUCCCACUGGGCUCCCCACCUGGGCCGCCGGCCAGCACUUUAUUGCUGGGGAGAAGAAAUGCAGCGAGUGUGGAAAUGUCACUUCCCAGGGGGCGCCUGGGAGGGAGGGGGGGGGACAGAGGCCAAGAGUAUGGGGCUGCACUGGGUCAGGGGGCUUUUGUCUGGGUGCCUGGGGGGGCAGAGGGGCCAGGCUGGGCCAUUGGGUGCUGGUCCUCCCGGCGCCCCCGUGGCAGAGGGGCUCAGGGCGCCUGGGGAGGGGGGUGCGGUGCAUGUGGGUAUGUGUGCAGGGCAGACAGCUGCCCACUGGCCCCAGAGCCCCUGGGCCUCAUUGUCCCCCCCUCUUGGACCCUAGCCUUUGGGGUCACCUCGGGGAGGCGGGGGACCAGGCUGCAUGGUGUGUGGAAGACGUAGAUAGAGCCCCCGUCCUGAUUUAGAAAUGCAUUCCUUAUUUUGUCUAGAAAUUAAUAUCAAAUGAACUAGCUUGUGUUGACAGGUUUAUUUCACAUCCUAUGAAUGUAUGUAAAUAAACUGUACAUAGGAACAUCAACGUAAAAUAUCUUUUAAUAACAGAUCCACAUUUGUGUAAAUUUGCAAUUAAAAAGAAUCUAUAGAACUGGUGUACAUAUGUUACAAUUAUGUAUAUUUUCUUCGGUCCUUCAUAAAGAAAUAUAUAUAUAUAUAUAUUUACUUUGCCAAUAAAAGAGAAAAGAAACUCA